GAGACACUCACGAGAGAGACAGACAGAGACAGACAGACACGAGAGAGAGACAGACAGACAGAGACACACACGAGAGAGAGACAGACAGAGACAGACAGACACGAGAGAGAGACAGACAGAGACACACGAGAGAGACAGACAGAGACACACACGAGAGACGCGAGACAGAGACACACGAGACAGAGAGACAGACAGAGAGACACUCGCGCGAUGUCUCUGAGCAAGGAGUCGAGGCGGAGGCUGUCUCGCGUGUUCCGCGUGACGCAGCUCGCGAUCCGAUGGGGAUUCAUCCCCACGGUCCUCUACCUGGGCUUCAAGAAGGGAGCUGACCCAGGAAUGCCGGAACCAACCCUCAUGAGCUUGCUCUGGGCUUGACCACAGCCAAUCGCAAGCCAGGACGCAGGCAUCGGGCUACCGGACCAAUCAGGAGCCCCCGAAGAAGACGCCCACAGCCAAGCAGCCAAUUAGAAUCCAGCCAUUCCGCUUUUAGGGCCAACCGGAUUGACCAAUGGGAAGAGAGAUGAGCCAGCCAAUCGCAGGUCAGGGCAAAGAACGAGGCCUCCGAAACAGCCAAUCGGAUCGCAGAUAUUUAUUCGGCCAAUGAGAAGCCCAGCUUCCCUGUGCGCCGGCCAAUCGGAGCCAAGGGCGCCCCCACGUUCCACCAAUGGGACGUGUUUGGCGAGUGGACGGACAUCCAAUCGGAGCGAAGACAAACUCGCCAGCCAUUCAGAGAGUGGAUACAUUAAGCGUUCCCAUCUCUCCGUGAUCCACCAACCCCCGCCCCCCAUUCUCUAUCCGCUGCUGCUGCCUGGCUCAAUAAAAGUGGCGAAUCGAG